AAUAUACGAAAUGUUUGCCAUUCAGUGGCUUUUUGGCCAUCACGGUCGGUUGAUUUGAAUAUGCUACUGGUGAGUAACACGACAGAGAGCGAAAGGGUUUCGCGGAGAAACGAGAGAGAAUAGAGCGAUACAGAGAGAAAAGAGACUAAUUUCAGUUGAAGUUCUGUGUUGUGUAGUGUGAGUAGUGUGCGUGAUCGGUGCAGCUCGAGGAACACAAGAUUCCAUCAUCAUCAUCAUCAGUUCUUCAACAUCCGUCGUCGACGAGCGUUGUCAAAGGGUUUCGUUGUGGAAGGUUGCUUCGCUGCUGGUUCAACUGUGGUGCGGCUAGGAAAAGAGUCCAUCGAAUCGGCUUUUCGCAUUCGCUGUUCCUGGCAAGAUCCUGACCGAAAGGAGUGGAACCAGACCAUCGUGGCAGGCGAGAUAAUCCUCCGCGCGGAAGUGUGUUUCGAAGAUUCCGUCUUCGGUCGUCGGCGGGCGGUGGUAGUGGCGUGGCCUUUGGAACCAUUGAUAAGACCCCAGCGCAUAUCGUCAACGGAGAAAAACUUACACAGUACCGUGUGCGGUUGCUGCUGCAGCGGAAAUCAGCGAGAUACUGAGUGCGGCCCCAGUCGUCAGGGCUCCAUCCGUGCAGAGUACCGAAAAGCAAUAGCAUUCCCCGAAAGAGCAACGUUAACAACGACCCUUGAGCACGAGACACCCCUCCUCACAUCGUUUGGUUUGGGUUCGGAACCCCUCGCCAGCCGACAGAUAAGCGUUGAUCACCGUUUGCGCUGGCAGAAACGGCGGUAGAUUAUCGUCGCUAAGACACUUGCCCCUGGUGGUCGCCACAGAGUUUCUAGCCUCGGAUAGGUGUCGCCUGGAAACAUGCGUGAAUACAAAAUCGUCGUCCUCGGCAGCGGUGGUGUCGGCAAAUCGGCCCUGACCGUGCAGUUUGUUCAGGGUAUAUUUGUCGAAAAGUAUGAUCCCACGAUAGAGGACAGCUACCGGAAACAGGUGGAGGUGGACGGUCAGCAGUGUAUGCUGGAAAUUUUGGACACAGCCGGCACAGAACAAUUUACGGCGAUGCGUGAUCUGUACAUGAAAAAUGGCCAAGGAUUCGUACUAGUGUACUCCAUAACGGCGCAGUCAACCUUCAACGAUUUACAGGAUCUGCGGGAGCAAAUCUUGAGGGUGAAGGACACGGAUGAUGUGCCGAUGGUGCUGGUCGGUAACAAAUGCGAUCUCGAGGAUGAGCGAGUCGUGGGCAAGGAUCUGGGCAGGAGUCUCGCCACGCAGUUUAACUGUGCAUUCAUGGAAACGUCUGCCAAAGCCAAAAUUAAUGUUAACGACAUCUUCUACGACUUAGUGCAACAAAUCAACAAGAAAUCGCCCGAAAGGAAGCCCAAUAAAAAGAAGAAAUCUCUGUGUGUUCUUCUGUAAAAAAAUGAAUCACUUAUUAGGGCAGAAUGAAAAGUUUAACAAACACAAAUACAAUCCAUAGGAAAAAAAGCAACAGUAAGUGCAGUGAACAACAUUUAAAGAAAAAAAGAAAUAAAAUUAAAAAAAUGAAGGUUGAGCCAGGCUUGGCGCGAGA